CACUUUCUUUUUAUUGUUUUUAUUCAUACUUUUAAAAUGAAGUUUUGUUUUAGUUAAACAGUCUUUAAAGGUUCUGCUGUCAGAUUUUAGUGCACCUGUUGUUGUUGGAAAAGUGUCUGCGCGCUGCGUCCAAACAUUACGGUGUUGAACCUUUUGACAGGCAGGCCAGAGGGCGGAGCUUAGGGAGGGACCAGAGGGACGGAAUGGGUUUGGUUUCAUCAUAAAGCAGCCGGCGCAGGUAUGGACGUGACAAGAGGAGGACAGCAAGAAUAGGGAUAAUCAUGGAGGUGUGUUCAAACAUGAGCGAGGCCUCCGUGUGCCAGCUGAAGCAGCUCCCCUGCCACAGUGCGCCCCUUCUCCGCCUGCAGGGAUGUGGACACCACACCAACAACUUCCCCUCGGUCGCCUGCAAGUCCUGGACCAACGGCUCACAAUCGACCGGGGCCUCCUCCUCCUCCUCCUCCUCCUCCACCGUGCGCCACAGAGGCAGUGGAGUCUGUGCAGGAGCCUGCAGCAACCCGGAGUGCGCGGCCUCCCAGCUGGCGGAGGAGGAGGUGGCGGCGGCUCGGGSCUCCUCCAAGGGGAAGGUGGUGGUGACAGGAGGAGCGGGCUACUUCGGCUUCAGCCUGGGGAAGGAGCUGGCCGGUGAGGGGAUGUCGGUGAUCCUCAUGGACUUGAACAAACCUCCCUGUGAGAUUCCUGAUGGAGCCGUCUUCUAUCAGAGCGACAUUCGGGAUUAUUCCUCCCUCUAUAAAGUGUGUGAAGGGGUGGACUGCAUUUUCCACACAGCUUCCUCCGGCAUGUGUGGACCAGAGCAGCUGAGGAAGGAGCUGAURGAGUCGGUGAACAUCGGAGGGACCAGUAACYUCAUAAAUGUAUGUAAGGAGAGAGGCAUCCCCAGGCUGGUCUACACCAGCACCAUCAACGUGGUGUUUGCAGGGGAACCCAUCAUGAACGGCGACGAGGCUUCAAUACCAUACGUGCCCAGUGAUUUGAACCUUGACUACUACUCCAAAACUAAAACGGCUGCAGAGAAGAUGGUCCUGUCGGCCAACGGAUCCUCGCUGAAAGAUGGAGGCGUUCUCAGGACUUGCGCCCUGCGGCCCUGCGGCAUCUACGGUCCCAGGGAGCGGAAACAUUUCGACAGAUUGAUGUUAGAGAAGCUCGGCCGUAGCCAACCGACCAUAACUGUGCCGAUUUCACUCAUCUAUUCAGCAGCCCUCCUGGUGGAAUAUUUACACUUAAUUCUGAGACCAGUUAUAAAAGUGCCUCUGCCUUUUACCAGAUGUGAGGUCAGGCACAUCUCUGUGGGCCACACCUUCAAAAUAGACAAAGCCCGUCGUGAGCUGGGUUACUGCCCAAAGAAGUACAGCCUGGCAGAUGCUUUCGACCACUACCUCAAGACCCAGAUGCCUCGCUCCAGCUCAUCCUCCACCAGCGUGGCCUUGACCUCCCCGCUGCUCCGAUUCUUUGUCUUUCUGCUGCUGAUGGGACUCAGUCUGCUGCUCCUCGUGUUGUCUGGCAUACUCUAGCUAAACGUCUUUGACAGUAUUGAACAGAAGAGAAUUCCUCUCAGGCUUUGUCAGUUGAAGCAGACUCCUGAUUAGACAAAAAAUAUAUUUUGUUAGUUGCAGCAAAUACAAAAAAAGAACAAAAGAAAUCACCAGUUUUAAUCACCAUGAAUCAGUUUUAGUUAUUAUUUUAGAUUAACUUAUAUUUCUCAUUUUCACCGGUUUUAGUCCCCAGAGAUCAGUUUUAAUUAAUUUCAGGUUAAUUUAUAUAUUCCUCAUUUUUCACAUGGAAAACAAAAUCAUUGACGUAUGCUAAUGUAUGGUUGUUUUUCUACCUUUUGAAAUCAUGUGAGCCGAAUUUAAAAAUGAUAUUAAGAUUUGAAAAGUAUUAAAUUGUGAGGAUUUGAACAAUUUCUCCACAGCUUCCUGUUAUUAUUGGGCUAUUUGUUUAAAAACACGUAACUUUGUAUUAUUAAUAGUCAAACUAUAAUUUAUUGUAUUUAAGGCAUGCUUCCAAUUUGUACGACAAUGUUCUGUGGUGAGUUGUUGAUGAGAAUUACUAUUGAAGUAGUAAUUUUGUACAAUUUUAGAAAUAAAAAAKUUAAGAAGGAA